CGUUUACAAGUCUUUUGGGAUAUUAUGUACUUCCCCUAAAUUCGCAAAAUUCCUGCUAUUUCUAUUUCUCUCUGCAUGAGCGGUUUGCGCGAAAAAAGCACGUGUCUGUUUAUUAUUGUUAACAAGCUAAGAUGCCGUCAGCAACAUGCAAUAAUUAUGUAACCGCUAUGGACGAAGCCGCCACGAGUGAGAAUUACGAAGAUGAUGAUAUUUUUGCAGAGGAAACCCGAGCGCAAUUGAAAUUAAUUAAAGUAAAUGACCAAGUUAGACGCCUACAAACAAUAAUACGAGAUAGAAAUACAAGUCGAAGUGAAUUUGUCUUCAGUUCUGAUCGUUUGAUCCGACUUGUCAUUGAAGAAGGCUUGAAUUUGUUGCCAUACAAACCACACACGGUUACAACCCCUUCUAAUACUGAGUAUAAUGGAAUUAAAUUUGAUCGCGGAAAUUGUGGAGUUAGUAUUAUUAGAAGUGGUGAGGCCAUGGAACAAGGAUUAAGAGAUUCUUGUCGCUCGAUUAGAAUCGGGAAGAUUUUGAUUCAAACAGAUGACGAAUCAAAUCAAGCCAAAGUUUUUUACGCCAAACUACCUAAAGAUAUUGCUCAACGAAAUGUGCUUCUGAUGUAUCCCAUUCUGUCAUCUGGCAACACAGCAGUGAAAGCAAUUGAAGUUUUAGAGGAACACGGGGUUUCCGAUAAAAGGAUAAUUCUUCUUACAUUAUUUACUACACCUGAUGGUGCUGAUACAGUGUUGUUGAAAUAUCCGAGAAUUCGAAUGUUAUCGACAGAAGUUGAUGGUGUGGUCCCAAACCACUUUGUACAAAAAUACUUUGGUACAGACUGAACCUACUGAACCAUGACAAACAUAGAUAUCUAAUAUAUUCAUCUACUUCAUAUAAAAUAUUACAACUGAACGUUUAAGCUGCUGUUGUGUGGAUACUUGUAGUUCAUCAUUACCGUAUGACCGUAUGUGUAUAUUUUGUUGCAUACUGCUUUACAUAAUAAGCUUCAUGCUAUAAUAAUCGAAAUAUUUUAUUGCUUAUAUAACUUAUAUAUCCACUACAUUUAUUAUGUAUGUUAUAAAGUUUUCUCUUGUUUAUGAAUUGGGACUUAUUUUGGGAAAUUCAUUUUCUACCUUUUUAUAAACAAUGCAAAUUAAAUUGCUUUCAUAAGUUAGUAGUUCAAUCAUAAUGAAUGGUUAUACUACCAGCUAUUUUAAGACUGUUUUAAUAAACAAAGUGCUUUUUAA